AUGAUUUCGAUUUUUAUUCGGCUUGGCCAACAUAUUGGCCUUCUGGGAAACAGCAUGCUACAAUGUGGUCCACGACAAAGAUGACGUGGCAUUUUCCAACAAAUACUGUUUCUACUGCUAAAUGCCAAAUCACGUUCACAUCAACGCGGCCCGCCCUGUUUUGAAACCGAUCCGAUCGAGCGACAAAAGCGUCUUUAGACGAAGACGAAUCCCAAACGCGACGGGACCUUUGACCUUUCUCCUUCCUUUGUGUUAGCGGGCCCCACCUAGCGAUCGCGUAGCGCUAAGGGCGUCGGCGCGGAACGCGAUCCGUGCGCCUCUCACGUGGGAUCCUGCCAAGAAAAACCGAGCCGCGGCGGCCGCGCUCGCCAUCCCAGCCCAUGGAGCACCCGAAGCGUGUCUCGGCGGCCGCCGUGCUGCUCGCCGCCGUCGUCUUCGCCGUAGCGCAGCAACCUGAACUCAGCGUCAAACCGUCCUACCUGCUGCUGGUUCCCGACAUCCUGCUAGCGGGACAGCCCAUGUCCUUCUGCAUCAGCAUCUUGACUCCUUCAGAGGUGACGGUGACGGCUCGCGUCCUCCUCGCCGAAGCCGAGGUGACCUCGCGGACGCUGACGCUGGACGGAGGAUCCACGCAGAUGGUGACGCUUCCACCUGUCGACGUCACCGAGCGGAACUGGCGCGGCCCCUUCAUGCUGGAGGUGAAGGGGUACGAUGGCGCCCGCCAGGUUUUUUCCAACAAGACGCAUUUGUACGCGGAACCCCGAGAAUGCGAGACCUUCAUCCACACGGACAAGGACAUGUACGAAGCGGGCCAGCUGCUCAGGAUCACCGUCAUCAGCCUCCGGCACGGCCUCAGACCCUGCAACGGCUCGGCCGAGAUCCUGGUCAAAGACCCGAGGGGGCACGUUCUCCGGCAGUGGCGCGCCCAGGAGAUGAGUCACGGGGUUCUUUCCAGAGAGUUCCAUCUAUCCAUGGAGCCUCCGCUGGGCCGAUGGACCGUUACGGCCAUGGUGGACGGUGUCGCCAUUCACAAAUACGUGCUAGUGGACGCCUAUGCCGCGCAGAAGUUCAAAGUGGCGUUGGACCUUCCCGACAUGCUCCAUCAUGAUGACACGCUGCAGGGAAGCGUCACCGCCAGGUACAAGUCCGGGCAACCUGUGAGUGGCCACGUCAACAUCAGCGUUUGGAAUCACUAUUACGGAACUGAAAAAAUCUAUCAUGAGCAGAAAGAGAUAACCGGCAGCGUGGACUUCAACGUGGCGCUCACCGACAUCUUCUCCUGGCACGGCAGGAACGGCUCUUAUGCCACUAAAGCGGAGGGCGCGCGCCGCUUCCUAGAGGUGGUCGCCAACGUGACCGAAGGCCCGACAGGUGUCAGGGCGGGCGCGGAGGCCCGCGUGCAUCUGCUGUCGCACGCAUACCAACUCUACUUUGUCCACUAUCCCAAAGUACUGAAACCCUCCAUGAGCUUCACCGCCGCGGUUUACGUGUGCAAAACCAACAAGCGGCCGUUGUCGGACUACGACUUGAUGAAAAAACUGAAAGUCUCGGUCGUGCAGCGAGGGCAGAAUUCCGAGGAAGACCGGUCGUGGAAUUCGCACAACCAGUCGGAAAAAUGGCGACCCGAGGAGAUGAUGUCGGAGACCAUGGAGUUGGACAUCCCUGCAGACGGCGUUGUGCUCUUCAGCUUCGUGCUAACUAACUACACGCGAAAGCUCACCAUUGACGCGUCGGUGGGAGACAGCUACCAGACGCUCCAUCUCUACUCCGGCUACAGGUCGCCCACUCACUCGUACGUCAAGGUCCACAGCGCCGUGGACACCGUGGAGGUGGGGUCCCCCUUCAUGCUGUACGUCGACGCCACUUUUCCCGUGACCGAGGUUCACUACGCAGUGAAGUCCGAAGUCAGGCUGGUCUCCGCCGGAAAAGGGCCUACUCAUUUAACAUUGGUCCCGGAAGCUUCCUGGGCUCCGUCCGUGUCCGUGCUGGUCUUUCUGGUGCGAGAAGACGGCGAGGUGCUCAACGACGUGAUCUGCCUGGACGUCCUUCCCUACCCGCCCCAUCAGGUGUCUGUGAGCUGGAGCCAGACGGAGAGCCGACCAGGUGACGAGGUGACGCUCAAGGUCACCGCCCAGGAAGCGGGCGCUCUGGUGGGCGUGGUGGUGCAGGACAAAUUGCCGUGGUGGGCCGAGAUGGAUUACCACGAAGCCAAAGCCAUGAUGGAGAUGCAUGAGAAGCACCACUACGACCAAUCCGCAGGGAAGCACGCGGGGAUGGCAGAUGAUCCGUUCUCAGUCUUCACGGGGUGCCAUCUCGUCCCUCUGACGGACGCGUCGCUCCACGUGACCAAUACGUGGAUGCCAGAGGAGUACUACUACUACUACGAGGACUACUAUUACCCGAAAGAAGAGGACUACGGGUGGGAGUCGACCCGAUGCCCCCCUGAGACGUGGAUAUGGGCGGAAAUGUUGACAGACAACUCCAAGUCAGCGGAGAUGAGAGUGACGGUCCCCGAACGCAUCACCGAGUGGAGCGCCAUGGCCUUCGUCAUGUCCCACACGCUGGGCCUCGGCGUGGUCCGCCUGCCCGCCCGGCUCAGCGUCUCCGAGGACGUCCAGCUGUCUGUCCGCCUGCCGCCCGUGGUCACCCGUGGCGAGGAGGUCUUGCUGGAGGUCCUCCUGUUCAACAACCUCUAUCAGGACCUGCAGGUUAUGGUGACCGUCGUGGAGAACGACACCUUCGAAUGGGUGUUGGGGGCCUCCUCGGCACCGCGGCGGGUGGCGCUGGGCGGCAAGAGCUCGGCCUCGGUCCCCGUUCCCAUCAGGCCGCUGGUCCUCGGCCACACCGGCGUCACGGUGAAAAUCAAGUCGGCGGCCGGGGCGGAUGCGGCCACGGGGAACAUGCUGGUCAAGGCCGAAGGCGCGGAACAGUCUUUCUCGGCGUCGUUGCUCCUGGAGGUUUCGGGGAGCUUCUCCGACGCGUUUUCGUUUUCCUUUCCCGACGACGUCGUGGCGGGAAGCGAGUGCGCGUGGGUGACGCUGGUCGGCGACAUCCUGGGUCCGUCCAUCCAGAAUCUGGACUCUCUGAUCCGAAUGCCGUACGGCUGCGGAGAGCAGAACAUGAUCCACUUCGCUCCCAACAUCUAUGCGCUUCUCUACCUCAACGCCACCGGGCAGGACCGCCAGGACGUCAGAGACAAGGCCGUGGCCUACAUGAUUUCAGGUUACGAGCAAGAGUUGAGCUACCAGCGAGCGGGCGGAUCCUUCAGCGCCUUCGGAGAGCGAGACGCUUCGGGAAGCACGUGGCUGACGGCCUUCGUGCUGAGGUGUUUCCUGCAGGCGCGUCCGUUUGUCAGCGUGGACGAGGCCGUGCUGGCCUCGGCGGCGCUUUGGCUGGUCGCCCAGCAGGCGGCGGACGGCGACUACCUGGAGCCGGGCCGCGUCAUCCACACGGAGCUCCAAGGAGGUUUGGACGGGCCCGCUUCGCUGACGGCGUACGUCCUCGUGGCACUGCUGGAGGACCCCGCGUUCAGGAGCCAGUACGACCGCCAAGUGACGAAGGCGAUGCGGUUCUUGGAGAGCCGCCUGCUUUCGGGCAGCGCGUCCAGCAACUACAGCCUCAGUUUGAUGACGUACGCGUUGGCCAUGGGCGGCAGCGCUCAGGCCCACACGGCGCUCGACAGGCUGAUGGAACGAGCCGACGUGAUCGACGGCGUACCCAGGUGGACGUCGCCCGCCGCCGACCUGUCGUCGUCGUGGCAACCCAGCUCGGCCGACAUCGAGACGGCUUCCUACGCUCUGCUGAGCUUGCACCGGCUGGGCCGCGUGGCGGAGGGCGUGGCAGCGGUCAAGUGGCUGGGACGCCAGCGCAACCCAACGGGAGGCUUCGGUAGCACCCAGGACACCGUGGUGGCGCUGCAGGCCUUGUCCACCAUCGCCGUGGCACUCGAUGACGACGACGUCGACCUGAGCGUCAGCGUCGGCGACGCCGAAUUCCGCAUGGGCGCGCAGAACCGUCGCCUUCUGCAGACGCGGAAGGUGGAGCCAAUGAAGCAACUGGACCUCCAGGUGGUGGCGCAAGGGCAGGGCCUCGCUCUUCUUCAGCUCAACGUGAUGUACAACGUGUGGACGGACGAGCCGAGCCGCAGACGGCGAGACUAUCACGAUUACCACGGGGCUUUCGACGUGCACGUGACACUGCACGACGAGGGCGCCGACUCGCACGCGCACGCGGAUUUGUGCUGCAGCCUGAGGCCGGGCGGCCGCUCGGACCCCACGGGCAUGGCCUUGGCGGAGGUGGGACUGCUGAGCGGCUUUAGCCUGUCGCCCGAUGAGGUGCGCCUCGGCGGCGCGGUCAAGAAGGUCGAGACUCACCUCGGGAAAGUCGUCGUCUACUUUGACUCGAUUACAACGAAAGAGGUGUGCGUGCGCCUUCCGCUGCUGGUGGAGUUCAAAGUGGCCAAAGUCCAGAAAGCCAUCGUCACCGUCUACGACUACUACGAACCACGCCGCCGGACGGUGACGUCGUACUCGUCAAAGUGGCGCGAGGAGGCCGACGCGUGCCAAUUUUGCGGCGACGACUGUCGCCAGUGCACGAGCGACGACGACGAGGAUUGGACGACGUACAGCUCCGCCUCCGCACCAGGGCUCCGCCCGUGGCACCUUGUUCUUUUUAUCUUUGUGAUGAUCGUGCAACAACUGUGAUGUCAUCAUCCGGUCAGCUUUUAGGGUCUGGUGGGAUGCAAUUGAUUCUUUUGAUCAUUCAAUCAAUAACGGGCGGGGGAAAAUGUAAAAGGGCGUUUGUUUGAUUUUUGUUGUUGGAAAAUGAUUUUAAUCAAUAAAUCUUA